CAAAUUUGUUAUCUAAAAAAACAAAAAAAAAAAAAAUCAAAAUUGUAUUUUAGCACAUAAUGAGUACCUGUGUUGAAUGUGGUGCUUCUGUUGCUAAUUUAUAUACUCAAUAUAGUAAAGAUAACAUUCGUCUAACAACAUGUGAUCAUUGUAAUCAAUUUGCAGAUAAAUAUAUUGAACAUGAUUUCGUGAUUGUGUUUAUUGAUAUGUUACUUCAUAAACCACAAGUAUACAGACAUUUAUUGUUUAAUAGAAUAACUGAACAAGAUGGACUUGAACCCCACGUAUUUCGUUUUGCAAUAUUAUUAAUUUUAUUUGAAGUAUAUAUAAAAUGGUUUAGAUUAGAAAGAUAUUAUACUGAGUAUGAUUCAAAAUUCACUCAGUUGCCUCUUUAUGGCCAAUACUUGUAUCUGUUAGCCAUUUGUGUAUUUGAAUUCAUUAUUUUUCAUUGUUGUGUCAAUUUAAUCAUUCGAUUGUAUUAUUUUAUGAAAAAUGAAAAAAGCAAGAAAGUCAAAUACAACUAUGUUUCAAUGGCUUUAAUAAUAUCAAGUUUUGGUAAAAUGCUUUUAAUUUUUAUGGUUAUUUGGGAUUAUAGACAAUUGGAAUACUCUUGGCUUGUGAGUAUCAUUGUUCUAGCAUCAAAUACAGAAGCCUUAUCAGUUUACUUGAAUAUACCUUAUUUUCAUACUUUAUUGAUUAUCUUUAUUGGCAUCUUAAGCAGAAUCUGGGCUCAAUAUUUUUUCUUAUAUUUUACUUAUGAUAAUGAUAUAAAAAGCUUAACUACCUAUGUACUGAAUAGAUCAAAUUGGAUAACCAUCUAAUGAAUUAAAUAAAUAUUUAUGUGUGUAUUUAUUUUAAUUGGAUAAA